AUGACCACUCCAUCCGAAUCAACCACGAACCAAACACCCAACAUGGCCAGCACCCCCGCGCGAGCCUCCACCCUACUUGCCAAUCUGACCGCCGUCUCCGCGCGCGUCUCAGCUGCAGCAACCCACUCACCAACCCCCACCAAGCCCGUUCGACUAGUAGCAGUUUCCAAGCUUAAGCCCGCCUCGGAUGUCCUAGCUCUUCACCAACCCCCCGCCUCCCAGCUUCAUUUCGGCGAAAACUACAUCCAAGAACUACUUGAGAAGUCCCGGCUCCUGCCACUCAGUGUCAAGUGGCACUUCAUCGGCGGAUUGCAGUCGAAUAAGUGCGUGACGCUGGCUCGGGACGUGCGCGGGCUAUGGGCCGUCGAGAGUGUCGAUACGGAGAAGAAGGCUAGCCUUUUGAACAAAGGAUGGGGAGAGCGGAAGCCCGAAGAUAAUGCGGAGGCGGAUGCGGCCGAUCCUGACCACGGUAAGCUCCGCAUCUAUGUGCAGGUGAAUACCUCCGGUGAAGAGAAUAAGGCCGGUGUUGAACCCGCCGCUGCGCCUGCGUUGGCUCGGUUCAUUCGAGAGCAAUGCCCGCGCCUCAAGCUGCACGGUGUUAUGACCAUUGGAGCUAUUGCGCGGUCGAAAGAGACGACACCGGAAAACGAGAAUGAAGACUUUGUCUGUUUGCGAGAGACGAGGGAUCGCAUUGUUGCGGACCUCGGACUUGCGGGCCCUGAGGCCGAAUUGGAGCUUAGUAUGGGCAUGAGCUCUGAUUUUGAGGGAGCUAUUGCUCUGGGAUCGGAUCAAGUCCGGGUUGGAACAACCAUUUUUGGGGAUCGGCCACCUAAGUCGGAAGCCCGCGUUGUCUAA